AUGGGCAAUGUGUCCCUGUUCUGUACUGCUGCAAGGGGAGGCUGAGGACUGGGAAGCCCUGGAGAGCUGUCGGAGGUGUGUGGAGGGAGCUGCCAGUCCAGGUCUCUGCAAGAGAGUUCAGAAAGUCUGGUUAUGUCACGAGAAAACAGUCCCAGUUCUUCCCACUCCCUCACUGGUGCACCCCAGAGCAUCACUGAAUGGCUGGUGCUCUGGGAAAAGGAGCCGGUGGAGAUUCUCCUUGAUUUGGGAUUUGGUACAGAAGAACCUGAUAUCUGCACUAAAAUCCCUCCUCGGUUCCUCAGUGGUGUUUCUGUAGCAAAAGGGAAUGACACCCAAGCGUUUUUGGAAGCUCAAAAGCAGCGGAUGGACAUUGAGAGACCACACUUACAUGAACGUUUUCAACAGCUGGGAGUACUUGACCACGUAACCAGUGUCCUCUCAUCUUUGCUGACCAACGUCAACAUCCAACAGCUCAAAGCACAGGAUGCCGGCGAGGAUGAGACCAGUCUCUCAGACGCUGCAAAGAGCAGACCUGUGGUCACAGGAGUCAAGCAGAGAAGAGUAGGUCAGCUCCCGAAAAGGGCUUCUCAGCAGACAACGCUGCUGAAACAGGGCUUGCUGGCACCUGGGGAAGCCAACUUGCCUAGCAGGAAAGAGCAACCCCAUUCUUGUCCAGAUACUGCUGAGAGGGGGAUGGUCCAGAUUCAGAGUUUUGAGGAUGAAACUCCAUUUCUAAAUGCUCCUGACACCAUUUUAGUAGAGGUGAUGGUGACAAGAACAAGCAGCUGCCAGUCAGACAGCAGUGGGUUCAUGGAGGAGAUGCCAGAACCUGUAGUUUUGCAGAAUACAUCUUUGUCAGGAAAGAUCAACUUUAUUUCUGAUAUCUGCAAUCAAGAAACAGCUGUGUCAUACAGGCCAGAGUUUCUGAUGUUAAAUCAAGAUUUUCAACAAAAGCUAGAUGAUUGUGUUGCUAAGGUCUUCGUCACAUCUUCCGAGAGCAUUUUGCCAGCACCCGGAUCAAAAAAAGCAGGCAGUGACAAGGGAGAAGAGACUCAUCUGCUCCUGACUGCAGAAAAUGGAGAGUAUGAGGCCUGUAAAGCUGAACCACAGAGUUUUGUACAAGAAAAGUUUUGUGAUGUAGGCAUGAAGGAGCAUAAAACUGGAAGAAAGCUACCAGGAAAAGAGGAGUGCAUAAAGGAGCGUAGUCCUUGUUUUCAGAGUGAUAGUCAGGAUGAAGGAGAUCCUAGCUGCUUAAAAUUUGAUCAUCAGCUAUAUUUUAGGACAGGACACAAAAAGGUGAAUGUAGCCUUCACUGAACUGAUUGAUAUAAACCCUGCAGUCAUCAGUGACAACAAAAUCAGAGGCGAAAAUGAAGGUGAGAAGUGCCUGACUGAAAAGGAUGUUGGAGUUGCACGUCAUGAAAGUGCCCAUGGAGGUUGUACAGGACAUGUUAAAGGAUCAUGGUGGGGUGUGGAAGUGGUCAGCAAAGGUAGUACCCUGCUUGCAGUGAAUGAGGUGACAAACAGCCAGAAGUUCUGCAAAACAGAUGACGAUUCAAAAAAUACAAGAUGCUCCUCCCAAACAGAGCUCCCAGAAAGUCCACAGCAGGGCUCAGCAGCACAAAGUGGGAGCAGUUCUGCCUCAAGCUAUUCUAUGCAAGAACCUCAGAGGCACCCCUCCUGCCUAGCAGAAGAGCCUGGAUUAAGUUCAUCUGACAAUCGAGAGACUGGAAGCACAGGGGAGAUGUUAGGUAAUAACAAACAGGGAGACACUGUCCCAACUGAUGAAAUGGUUUCUACUCCUCUGAAAUCUGUUACUGUUCAGGUGCCUUCAGGGCUGGAGUUUAUUUCAAGGGUGGAGUGCAUAGGGCAAAAUGCUCCUUUUAGUGACACCCUUGCUAGGGAAGAUGCUGUGGACUUCCCUGAGGGUGAUCCUCCCAUACAGUCAGACCCUGGACCUUCAAAGAGCAGCAUGAAGCAGACCACUGAAGACUCCAGCCAAACUGGCAUCUGUGCCGGGAAGCUCAGGUGGCCAUCGCUGCUUCAUCCACAUCACGCUCACCUGAAAAAAUCAGCUUCUCUUGACACCAUGGUCUGUGGCCAAUACAGGUCACGCCACUGGGGUGAAGCCUCUGGCGCCAGGGGUGCACAGGGCUGUCACUGCUGCUGCUCCCCCAGCUGCUGCCCAUGGACCUUCCCUGUGGCCAUCUCUCCCCAGAACCCUGGGGGCUGCUGCUCAAACUAUGCUGCCACUGAGCUGCGGCUCUUGAAAAUGCUGAUGCUCUUACAGGAGGCUGCAACUCGCCAUCUUGCUCCGUGUACCCUCCAUGAAAUAGAAGUGAUGAAGAGGUCCUGCCAGCACUUCCAGGAGAAUCUGGAUGAGAUUGAACAGCACCUGACCGAACAGCAGGCCCUAUGUUCCGGCAUGAUGCCAGAUGAAGGAAGGGAGGAAGGCAGACACCUGCAACUCCUACGGCAAGCCGUUCGUCAGGAGGUUGCAGAGCUGGAACUUCAGUUGAAUAAUCAAGCUUGGCAGGUCAGGGAGGACAUCCUUAUGCAGCUGGACCAAUUACUAAUAGAACAAUCCCAUCUGUUUUCCGAGCUCGGACUCUCUGAUUGGAAGGGAGAAAGAAAAGCCCAGAAUAAACAAGCGUUUUCAGAUGCUGCUGACACUGUGCAUCCUCAAAGUGGGUGCUCAAACAUGGUGCUCCCAGGAGCUCCUAGCAAAAACGUGACAACAAAAGCAGGCUCACUCUCUGCCCCGCAGUCAGGUGCACACCCAGUGCAUUUUCCUACCAGGACAACACCUAAGCCAAAUUCGGCCGGGUCUGACCCACAGGAGCUCUCUGCCAGCAAAAAGGAAACAAAAGGAUGUCCCCAAGCAAAAAUGGACUUUAAGGCAUUUUUACACAAUCUGAAGAAAUCUUUCAGAAAUUCUUUAGGUAAUGAUUCAGCAGAAGGAAAAGACUGA